GAAAAGGGUUUAAGUGUUGACAACGCAAUACAACACAACACAACACAACACAACUCUCUGUUUUUUCUCGAGAUCCCUAGAAAUGUCACUGACCCCAUUCAACAACUCCACUAUCUUCUUCCAUUCACUUAACCACCCCCUGAUCCCUUAUUAGCCAUGACCCACCAAACUAAGCGACGUCGCCGUCGCCACUCCUCCGUCUGCCACCGUCACCCCACUUCCAUACCCACCGCCGGUCUAUGUGCCACCUGUCUCCGGGAACGCCUCUCCACCAUCGAAUCUCUCUCUUCCGACCAAAUCCCUGAGCUCCGCCGUGUUCAUGACGCUUCCGCCGCAGAAGAGGAAGAAGAAGAAGGUAGAGCCAGUAGGAGGCAAGAAGCCGAAGAUGGAGUCGGAGAGAAGAAGACGAUGAAGGAGUUAAUAGAUCUUGAAUCAAAAACUCACCAGACCAAGAAGAACGACGUCGCUUCGGUUCUCACCAGAACGCUUAAGAAUCUCUCACUCAUUCUUCCCAAGAACGUAAACAACCAAGAAACAGCUGUUAGACGUCGCUCAUGCGAUGUAGAUCCUAGACAAGAUCGUAUCUCUUUCGAGGAAGCUAGAGGAGCAUCAUGGGACGGAUGCUUAACCGGAAAGACGUAUCCAAAGCCGGUUCCUUUAUCAGCUGUGACCGAAGAAGAUGAUGCUAAAGCCUCUCCGGGCGGGACAGCUCAGACGAGGGAUUACUACUUUGACUCACGGAGGAGAAGAAGCUUUGAUGGAUUGCUUGAGGUUGAUGAGUUGAAAGGUGGUAAGUUAUCACCAUCUGAAGGUGUUGGUUUGUUUCAUGGAGCGAAGCUACUUGUUACUGAGAGGGAACUGAGGGAUUCGGAUUGGUAUUCCAUCAAACCGGAAGGAUUAGAGUUAGCUUCUAAUAAAGGCGUUGGUAGCGUUGCUGCUGGUGAGGUGAAGAAGACUGUAAAGAAAUGGCCUAAAGGAUGGAAUCUUUGGGGACUGAUUCAGAGCAAAGCUGAUGCGGUGAAGAAGGAAACCAAAACCGAUGAUGCAAUGGAGGGUCCUUUUGUUGAGUCUCUGUUGAAGCUUAGGAGAGUGGCUACAGGAGAAAGCAAUGUUAGGGAGAAACUCAUGAGAAGUUACAGCGUUAGCGCAACAAGGAAGUCUUGCGAUGGCCUGUUUCAUGGCGGUUCUAUUGUAGAUGGUCUGUUCCACGGCUCUGUUACUGGCGUUGAGACUGGAAAAAGAAGAAGAAGGAGCUCUUGUGAUGGUCUGUUUCAUGGCUCUGUUACUGGCGUUGAGACUGGGAGAAGAAGAAGAAGAAGCUCGUGCGAAGAGGGAUUCUUUCGUGGCAUUGAAGGCAAAGGGGAUCAUAUUCUUCAGAGAGAUGCUAAGCUUGAGAGUUACUCGCCAGACAACCUCAGAAACAGUAUGGUUAGAUUCUACUUGACGCCAUUCAAGAACCAUACGACAAGCAACUCUGGGAAAAGUAGGCUGAUUCAUUAGUCUCAUCUGUGAUGUAUUAUAUUGAUAUUGUGUUGUAAUUAGCCAUCCAUUACCAUGUAUGUUACUUAUUAACAACAUUUUCUGUAUAUAAAUGAAGUAAGAUCUUAUGCCCA